AUGAAUUCCAACAGCAAAAACUCCGUUUCCAGCGAUCUUCUCUCCAAGAAACCUACCAGAAAGGACGCUGUCUCCUCCGCCGCACCGAUGAAACCCUCCACCGCACCGAUGAAACCCUCCACCGCACCGAUGAAACCCUCCGCCGCACCGAUGAAACCUAUUGGCCAAUCCGGCGUCUCCGGUGAUUCCUCUUUGAAGAAACGUAACGGCAAGGCCGUUGUCUGCUCUGAUGUCCCCUCCGACAAAAACGAUGGCGUCGUGUUCUUUAAAAAUGAGACCAGGAAUGCACUCUCGAAGAUCCUUAUUGGUCUAGAGAUGCUUUUGAUUGACGAAGAGGGUACUGUGAUUCAGGGAUUCAUCCCACCAUCGAGGAUUGGCACUUAUCUGCGACACAUGAUUCCCGGUUCCACUUACAGACUCAACAACUUCUUUGGUUCUAAGACCAAGAAGGUGUACCGGGUUGCUGAUCCAGACGUGACCAUUGCUUUCUCAUGGAACUCUGUCCUCUCUGUUCUCAAAGACAGUUCGAUUUGGUUUCCUGAAGAUCGAUUCCGUUUCCAUGGCUAUGAACAGUUCGAAGCGGCCUGCGACCUCAGAGGGGAUCUGUAUGAUUAUAUUGGUCAUAUUAGCUUGGUGAAUGAGCAGACUCUUAACGAGAGUCUUGUGCUUGAUGAAGUCGAGAUAGCUUCUAUGCGGCGAAUUUUGGUUCAUGUUCAGACACAUGAGUGCUUUAUCUCUGUCAUCCCUAUCAUCUUCACGGGUUUUUUUGAUAUGGAUGUUCAACCAACCACGGAGUAUCUGGCUUGGCUUGAAUCAAACUCAGAAGUUGCUAAUAGAGUUAAUGUUGAAAUUGUCACCAAGGCUGAGACAGCUACUAUAGGGGAGCUAUUCUCUUACAUGAAGCAGGAAGAAGCGAAGGUCGCUUGGUUCGAGUGUACAGCCACUAUUGAUGAUGUUGUGCGUGAUUCCGCAUGGUAUUACAUUGCUUGUGGUGGGUGCAAGACUAAAGCAACUAAAGGACCUACCACGCUUAUGUGUAAGAAGUGUGGAAAGGCUGAGAUUACUGGUGCUGCAGAGUAUCUCACUAAGCUCUAUGUCUAUGACAACAAUGAUUAUGCGAGCUUUGUGGUUCUCGGUGACGCUGGGCAUGAGUUAACUGGGAAGAAAGCCUCUGGAUUGGUUGAGAGCUACUAUGAGGCUAAUGAGGGCGCAGUAGAUGGGCAUGUAGUCAUGGUGCCUCAAGCCAUGAUUGAUACCAUUGGACAGACACGCACGUUCGUUAUCAAGAUAUCAAACCACAACCUGGAAGGCAAGACGCAAGCUUUAACUGUCACCAAGGUCCUCCCUCUUGAGGUUCCAGCGCUUGGAUGCGAUCUAGACGACAUUGUGGUUGUCCCUCCUACUGCGGUGACUUUGGAAACUGGUAAUCGUGAGGAAGGUUCUUCCAUUUUGAAUGAGGAACAUGCAGAUGAUGGGUUGAAAAGAGGUUCUGAUAUGAUUGUGUCAGAUGAUGCUAAGCAUGCUAAAUGUGGCUAA